AUGGACAGAUUGACACAACUACAAGAGUGCCUUGGAAAGCUUACAGAGAUAUUCUUCACUUCAACUGGCGUUCUACAACGAGAUGCUCCUUUGAUGUCCACUAAUCCAGACUUGCCUAUUACUUCCUGGAAGUCUGAGCAAAUUGAAACAAACUGGCUUGCUAACAAAGAUCUAGCAAAAACAGCUGCCAAGGAUAUUGUUGAGACCGCCAAAGUCAUUGAUUUUUUGAUAGAUCAACUGCCUGGUAUUUCUGAAAAUGAGGAAGAGCAGAUUCGAAUACUCGGAGCAUUGGAAGAGGAGAACAGGAUCGCAGGAAUAGAAAUGGAGCAGGCCAUUGAAGAGGCUGAAAAACUUCGAGGGGAGAUUCAGACAUCAUUACGAAGAAUUGCAGAUGAACACACAGAUCUGCAUGUCAAGAUUAGCACCAUGCUAAAAUAA